CGGUGGACCAAUUAGACCUAACCAUUGCGAAGUCGGAUCGUGAGCUCUCAUCUUAUGUCCCUUGACCGAGCACGAUCUAAUCCUCAUCGAAUAGUCACCUUGGUGAACAAGGAUCAACUCGACAUUCUUGCCUCUCUUCGAGACUCGGUCAAUGAAGACAAGGCAGGCCUGGAAGCGGACCUUGAACGGCUGCAGAAGCAGAAUAAGGAUCUUGUCGAGAAGAACCGAAUGCAGCUAGAGCAAGUGAAUGUUCUGCUUCUCGAAAAAGUCAAUCUACAGAGCGAAGGAAUAGGCCAACGCGAAAAAAUGCUUCAACGAGAACGAGAUUUUGGCGACCUUCGUGCUUCACUAUCUGGCAAAGAUCUACCGGAAGACAUCAAACAACGUCUAUUGGCUCUACAUGAAGAUAAUGUGAUGUUGAAAGAAUCACUUAAGACCUCCAAUGAAAAGUUGACGAAAGCGAAAACUUUCAUCAAGAAUCAGGACAAGUUGUAUAGAGAGGAGCAAGCUGGCAAAGGUAUUGCAAAUGCUUCUGGCAUUUUCGAAGAAGCCGAAGUUAGUAUGCGGUCACAGAUCAAGAUUCUCGAGGACGAAUUGGAACGCCAGAAGGUUCUGCUGGCUGAAACCAAGAAACGGUACAUGCGGGAGGCGGAAUUGCUGAUGAGUUACAUACACAGUAUGGGCAUGAACACUAUGCGAAGCCAACUAGGGCAGCGUCCUGGGAAAACUGCCUGGCUUACCUCUCAGCGAAACAAUUCCCGUCUUCAACGCACUAUCUAGAGGCUGGUCAUCUAUCGCUUCGUACGGAUAACUAUACCCUUAAUUUUGGAUAUCUACUGUAUGCCUAUGUACAAAACGCACCUAAUAAUAAUAUGCAGUAAUGAGUCUGUGCCGGUGGUCCGGUACAUCAUUUGAG